GGUCCCAUAGGGAGCGCCUGAUCCCUCCUCCCAGCUGUCACUGUCUUCUGCCGGCUGCAAGACAUGGGGGAGAUCCCGAACCUGGUGAAAAUCGCAGUCUCCCUUAAAAUCCAGCCCAAUGACGGCGCGGUCUAUUUUAAAGUGGACGGACAGAGGUUCGGCCAGAACCGGACGAUUAAGUUACUAACGGGCGCUAAGUAUAAAAUCGAGGUCGUCCUCAAGCCCGGAGCGCUGAAAGCAACGACUAUGAAUUUAGGUGGAACUAUCAUUCCCCUGGAGGAGAAAUCCAGAGACCCGCAGGUUGUCUGUUACACAGCUUUCUAUGACACGGAGGGAGUGGGCCAUACCAAGAGUGGGGAGAGGCAGCCUCUGCAAGUCAUUAUCCAGUUUGAAGACAUUGGAAGUUUUGAGACCGUAUGGCAAGUAAAGUUUUACAACUACCAUAAAAGAGAUCAUUGCCAGUGGGGCAACAGCUUCAGCAGCAUUGAAUAUGAGUGCAAACCCAACGAGACCCGAAGCCUAAUGUGGAUCAAUAAAGAGAUGUUCCAUUGAAGCCUACUAAGCUGGACAAUUUUCUAAUGAGCUAAUCAACCUGACCAGCAGAAUGAGCCUAAGAAAGCCACAUAUUAGUGUAUAUAGCAUAUCAUGAAUUAAGAGCAAUCUUAAUGAUUUAGUGUUUACUUAAAGUGGACUUUCCUGCAUAGAGUGGAGGCAGCUAUGUGACUGGAAAACAGUAGUGACCAUAGUAAUUGACCCCACCAAUGGUCCCACAGGUAUAUUGUGGUGUCUUACAGUGUUUCAGCAUUAAUUCCUAGUGAACUGACAGUUAAAAAAUGCCAAACUCCACUCUGUGUUGGUGAUAUGUACACUUUAAAUGACUGAACAUUCUAUAUGAAAAUAUGUUUAUAUCAUAUAUUUAUGUUUACAAGUGUAGUUGAAUAUCUAUUAUUUUUGUAAAUAUUGUGCAUUUAAUGUAAUUGCUUUUUAGAUUUAGAGAAUUCAAGGGUCAUUUGUUAAUGGGGUGCCAAACUAGUAAACUUGUCUUUUUGGGGGCUUUUUCAGAUAGC